AUGCUAAGAAACAUUUUAAUAACUUUGUCUCUUUGCAGUCUUCCUGCUGCAGUGUUCUGUGUAAGAUGCUAUCAGUGUGCAUCAUCGCAGAACCUUUUGGAAGAUACAUGUGGGGCUUAUAAAAAGUUUGAUACCGAUAGUCAUAUAGCUGUGGAAUGCAAUAGUGAUGAAUCUCACAUGCCAGGAUCAUUUUGUAUGAAGCGGACACAUCAGGGUCCAAAAGGAUUUAUCUGGGAUGGUAGAUGGCGGCAAGUAAUAAGGCGAUGUGCAUCUGUUGCUGAAACUGGUGUCACAGGUGUCUGUAAUUGGGGUGUGUAUGACAAUGGAGUGUACUGGGAAGACUGUUAUUGUUCGUCUGAUGAAUGUAACGGUACAUCAUCUAUCACAUCCUCACUUUUUAUUCUUGUGGUUUCAGUUAUAACUACAGUUAUAAAUAAGUUAUAA